GUGAUUGGUUUUAGUGUUGAAUCUGAUUGUUCGAGAAAGUGGGGCGAACUUUCUGGACCAAUCAAAGCGCGAAGUAAAGCAAGAACAAAUAAUUUUUGGAGAGAGCUAUACUUUUAAUACUAUUUGCUCAUGAUGAUGGUCCACCACUAUAAACUUUUACAACGGUUUCCUUUUGUUUCUCCCGUUCAGUUGAUCCAUGUCAACUCCACACAGUUCUAAAUGACGAGGAUCGAGACAUAGAAAACGAUGAACACGAUAAAUGUGACAGCCAACUAAACGUUGGCUGGUAUCGUUUCCUAAACAAGUCAGGAAUACAAAUGCCGACUACGUGUCCACCGACUGAUUCAAGAUGUGGUACAGCAUGGCCAGGUUGGUUAGGAGGAGUUCAUCCGACGGUGGAGGACGGAAUAGUAACGAGGGCUGUCUACUUUCGAAGACGUACUGACUGUAAAGAACUAACUGUACACGACAUUGAAGUGAAGAACUGUUCUUCCUUCUUUGUUUACCUUUUGAGACCAACCAGUAAAUGUACGUAUCGUUACUGUUACUCCUCUAAGUAACCAUUUCAUCCCUAAGAGUAACUAGCAUGUAAUUUAUCCUUACAAUAUCAGCCCUGAAUCAGGCAUUAAGGUCAGGAGAAUGAAGGAAAUGAUCAACAACUAAAGAAGCUUUAAUUUAGAUGGCAAAAUCCAUUAGCAAGUACCUCAAGAAUGUAUAGAGAACAGAAUGGAGACUAUACACACUGAUGUUGAGGUGUAAGCAAAACUGUAAAGACAACUGAUCAAAAGCUGGUUUUCAGUAAUUGUUUACGUUUUUUGUCAAAGGGAUCAAAGAAUGGUGUGCCCUUGUAAAACUGCAAAGAUAA